AGUUUAAUAAAAAUCUUUUGGCGGAGGCAGCAGCCGAAUGAAAGGCGAGCUUUGGCGAAGCCCCGAACACAAUGAAGCAGGACAGUGGCGGACAGCUCGGGCUCAACAUGUAUCUCCCAGAUCCGACAGAAAAUCUUUUGAAAGAAACCAAAGGCACGUCAUGGGCUCCCAUCAACACCGGAGUGCAGAAAGGCAGUGGUCAGAUCCAGCUGUGGCAGUUCCUCCUCGAGUUGCUGUCAGACAGUGCCAACAUGUCGUGCAUCGCGUGGGAGGGCACCAACGGCGAGUUCAAACUAAUCGACCCGGACGAGGUGGCACGGAGGUGGGGUGAGCGUAAAAGCAAACCAAACAUGAACUACGACAAGCUGAGCCGCGCCUUACGCUACUACUACGACAAAAACAUCAUGACCAAGGUCCACGGCAAACGCUACGCCUAUAAAUUUGACUUCCACGGACUCGCGCAGGUGUGCCAGCCGUCCAGCACCGAACAGGCCCUGUACAAGUUUCAGGGCAACUUCUCCCCGCUACCCUUCUCCGGGAUCUCCAAGCUGAACCUGGUGGGGCCCGUGGGAGGCGUGGGUCCGUCCGGGUUCUCGUAUUGGACCGGCUCGCCCUCCCUGUACCACAGCCACAAUUUGCAGCCUCCGUUCAGCACCGUGUCUCCAUCGCACAUCGGCUGCGUCAAUAACAUCAAUGGCCUGGCCAACAUCAACGCGCACUACAACUGACCAAAACAGCCCUUAAAAAGUCUUGAAAUGAACUUCUCUAAUAAUGCUAAUGAGAUAGAUAUGACAUUGAUAAUUUUGUUUAACUGUAAAGACGCAAAAUGGUUUCCUUUACGCACAGUGUUUUUAAGCCACUCCAAGAGCCAACUCUAUUCAAAACACAUUUUCAGGAGCUCUAUUUAAAUAAAUAACUUAAUUCAUUUUUGAGGGAUUCAGUUUUAAAAAGAACAAACUUUUUUGUUUCUAUUUUUAUUUUUUAUUUUUACCGUGCCUAGUUUUGUUGACAGUUACCCUUGCAACCCGAGAGCGCAACAUUUACUUACGAAGCACUGACGCUAUCUAGUGGCAAAGCAAAUGCGUUCUAUAUGUCGGCAUAG